UAUAUAUAGCCGGAAAACGUCCACACCCACAAAUUCCAUUAGGCAUCACUCUCUUGUGAUCGUAUAAAAUCGCGGACGAAUCGAAUUGAAAGUAUCAGUUAUCUAGCUGUUUCAAGCAAGUCAACUACUACUCCAACAUGAAGUUUUUCGUCCUCGUUGCCCUUUUCGCCUUUGCUGCUGCCGAUUCUUACAAGGCUGCUGAGUACAAAGCCCCCAUGUAUGAUUCUCCCAAGUACGAGGCUCCUAAAUACGUAGCCCCUAAGUACGAGGCACCCAAGUACGAGGCACCUAAAUACGAGACUCCUAAAUACGAGACUCCCAAGUACGAAGCUCCUAAAUACGUAGCCCCUAAGUACGAGGCACCUAAAUACGAGACUCCUAAAUACGAGACUCCCAAGUACGAAGCUCCUAAAUACGAGACUCCCAAGUACGAAGCUCCUAAAUACGAGGCACCCAAGUAUGAGGCUCCUAAAUACGUAGCUCCUAAGUACGAGACCCCCAAGUACGAGACACCCAAGUACGAGACACCUAAAUACGAAGAAGUCACAUACGCCGCUCAACCCUACAGCUUCGGAUACGAUGUCCAGGAUAAAGAAUCUUACACUGACUUCGAGCACAACGAAAAAUCUGACUACAACGUAGUGACCGGAUCUUACCGUGUGGUUCUCCCCGACAGCCGCGUCCAGAUCGUCACCUACAAGGCUGACGCCAACGGAUACACCGCUGACGUGAAAUACGAAGGCGAAGCCAAGUACCCCGAGUACGUUGAGUCCCAAUACAAAUCUGCUGCUUCCUACGCUGCCCCUGCUUACAAGGCUCCUGAAUACAAAAAACCGGCCUACACCGCUCCAGCCUACACUGCUCCAGCCUACACUGCUCCAGCUUACCAAGCUCCUGCUGCCUACCCUAAAUAUUAAUUCCCAUAAAUCACGAUCUUCAUUUUGAGAUUAUUAUUUAAUAAAUCACAUCUUCUAACGA